AUGGCAACAUCUGCAACUCCCAACCAGAAGCUCAUAAAUACCGCCAGCGUUGUUGAACGGCCCCAGUUCCGACAGCGCAAUGAGUGCCGCUUCAGCCGCUUCAAGCAGGAUGCGAUUCUUGACAGAAAGUCCACCUGGAAGGCGUUCAAGAUCUCAGCACUCAAUGAUCCAUCGAUGAACAACAGGAAUCAAUGGUGGAGAUUUACCCGAGAGUAUUUCCACUCCACACCGUACCAGCGUCCCGCAUCAUAUGCGCCCGCUCGAGCCCAAUCCCACCGUCAUCGUUUCGUCCACUUGGCCUUGGGCAUGGACAAGAGAGCCUGGGCGACUGUGGCAUCAACUGAGGCCGCCCGAAGGUUCCAAGUUCAGAGACCCUGCCACAGGACUACACUAUCCCUCCUUCGCUUUAUCUUCGACGCACAUGGCAAGAGCCUCUUGGAGUGUUACAACCCGUCCAUGCCAAUGUCCCAGCUGAUCGAGUCCUGCAGCGCCGCCAACGCAGCCAGCGACAUAGCUCAUCUUUGGCUAAGCUCAGAAGGAAAGACGGUCUCUGGGCUCGCCCCCUGA